GUGUCUGCCCAGAGUCUGUCGAAGUGCUAACGGCUAAGCUAAUGCAUUGAGGAGCCAAAUACGAUCCUCUGACUGAAUGUGUUAUCUCCGCUCCGGACACAAAUUCACACACUACCGCCAUGCUACUGCAGCAGUGAGCCUUCUUCACGGCAAUAAAAAGACACGACUGAAUAUCCUUCUGCUCAUCCAAGCGGUAAAACCAGGCAGGUGUGAAUGACCGACGUGGUGCCUACCACCGCCCUCAGUGAAAUAAAGCUCCGCCUGCUCUGCCACGAUGACAUAGAGAGAAUAAAAGUGCUCUGUGGAGAGUGGUUUCCCAUUGAGUAUCCGGACUCAUGGUACCAUGACAUCACAUCAAAUAAGAAGUUCUUCUCUCUGGCUGCCACCUUUAGAGGGGGAAUUGUCGGGAUGAUUGUGGCAGAAAUAAAAAGCAGAACGAAAGUGCACAAAGAGGAUGGAGACAUCUUGGCCUCCAGCUUUCCUGUUGACACUCAAGUUGCGUACAUCCUGAGUUUAGGGGUCGUGAAGGAGUUUCGAAAACAUGGAAUAGGCUCUCUGUUACUAGACAGUCUAAAGGAGCACAUCUCCACCACGGCACAGGACCACUGUAAAGCCAUCUACCUGCAUGUGCUCACCACUAAUAACACUGCCAUUCACUUCUAUGAGGACAGAGACUUUAAACAGCACCACUAUUUACCGUAUUAUUACUCUAUACGAGGAGUGCUGAAGGAUGGCUUCACCUACGUCCUCUACAUCAAUGGCGGACAUCCUCCAUGGACUCUCUUUGAUUAUAUUCAUCAUUUAGGUUCGGCACUGGCCAGUCUGAGCCCCUGCUCAAUCCCUCAGAGAAUUUACCGGCAAGCACAGAAUCUGCUGCGCAGCUUUCUGCCGUGGUCGGGCAUCUCUUCCAAGAGCGGCAUCGAGUACAGCAGAACAAUGUGAGGAUCGGUCAGGUCACAACAGUGCAGGGUGGAAGCUAUUGAUUUGUUUGGGUCACAUCAGAUGCCGAAGAGGAAUGCGAAGACUGAUAUCCGAUCUCUCUGGUCUCGAGCAGUGUAUUAUACUUGUAUAAUUUACAUGUAUAUACUGUACCUAUAUAUACUUUAAUUAAUAUAUAUAUAUGCCUAGUCAUCAGUAGAUUGCCCUUUUUAAUAUAAACUCUCCACUUCAUGCCUGUAAUUCUGCUGCCGUGUAGAAAUAUUCUAUUGUUAAUCCAGAUUUUUAAUAUAAAUAGAUCUUUUUUUUAUUUGUGCCUGUUCUAUAUAGAUGAUUUUAGGGUUUGACGGUAGAAGUACGCAUACCUUUUUCAUUUAGUCACCUUCGUGCACGUGUCAAGCACUAGUGUUUGGUUUUGUGCAGGAUCACUUGGACACGAAGCAUAUAUUUUAGCCCCCAGUUUUAAGUUAGAUGAUUUUUAAAUAACAUUUGCACAGAGGAAAUGAAUGUAGUGUUGCUAUGAAGGGAAAAUAAUGCAGUUACAGACAACCCUCCAUCUCGCCAAAUGUGUAUCGUUGCUGUCAAAUUCAAAUGUGAAGGCUUUUUAAAUUCAGAUCGUCUUAAUUUAGCAAGAGAGUUGCAUCCUGCCAUUCCACGCAGUGUACUUUCUGUUCUUUUAAAGGGGAAAUAAAUGAAUGCUGUGGGGGGAUGAAUGCUUGAAUUUUGGUAUGUUGCUGUGAAUCAGGGAUUUACACACAAAAUAAAACAUUUAACAAUAGAUCACUCCUGCAUUACGUGACUUACAAUAUCAUUUUUUUUUUAUUUAUCUCUGUUUGGCCCUCCAUUCAUGUUCAUGAUGUCUUUGAUGAAACACUGGUUUAUCGGCGAAGGGUGUUUACAGAGAAACAUUGCUGUGAGAUUACAUAAGGAACCUUACAGAAACUGUUCCAUCAUAUGUAAUUGGCCGACAUGUAUUUGGAAUUGUCUGGUAUUCGUCCAUUUCUGGAUCUGUAAAAACAAAAUUGCAUGUAUGAAGAGCUGUUUUGAACUAAUUGUCAGUAUAAUAGAACCACUGUCACCUUGUGCUUUUGAGAUUGUGUGUAAAUCUACAAUUGUCUGUUUUAAUGUUACAUUCCUGUGAACUGCUACAUUGUUGUGUUUCACAUUUCAUUGCGUUAUCAUUUCUUUUGUUAAGAAUCUAAACAGGGGAAAGGUUUUACACUCUUAUAGUUAAAAUAAAAUAAAAUAAAAAUACAUUAUGAAGAGAUGAUGAUCAACAUGUAGGUGACAUGAACUACUGAAAAUAUUAACUGAAAUGUUUUAAUCAUAAUCGUACCUGAAUUGUGAAGCAUCCUCUAGUGUUCACUGAGAGGAUCGUAGACUAGAGAGGAUUUUUUAAAUGUGAACUAAAUGAAUUUUAUUUGUUGUAUUGCUCUUGUCCAUCUGCAUCCUUCUGUGUCUGUUCUUCAUGUAUGAAGUGAUUAUUCAUACAUGCAUUAAAAGCAUUUUGAGAUGACUUAAGAGAGAAAAUAAAUAAACUGAGAUUGUGCAAGCA